AUGUCUAUAAAGAGUCAUGAUGACUAUAUAAAGUUCGAGAGACUGUGUAAGGACUCGUUUCAGAAGCCAGAGGAUGCUAAUCGUAUUGAAGAGAUAUUACAACAGUACUUCCUCAAUCCAAACUUCUUGGUUGAGUACAAGUCCAUCCUACAGUUCUCCAAGAACUCAUAUGUGAUUGCUCAAGUCUGCCGAGGCCUACUCCGUUGCGUCACUCAAUACUGGAACUCCAUCCCAGCCGUCCAACGAACAGAGAUAAAGACAACGAUAUGGUAUUACUUGGAGUCACUGCCUCAGAUUGAGAUAUUCAGUUGGGUGUCAUUGUUAAAGUUGUACUCUCGUCUGCUCAAGUUCUCGUGGCAGGAGGAGACGAACAAGGCACCAUUCCUAGAGUCAAUACAGGACUUUAUGAAGAAGUCACCCGAUCAUCAUUGUAUUGCACUGCGUGUGCUCAAGGACAUCAUAUGCGAGUUCAACGAGCAGGCUGGCGACCACCUCUCCACCUCCCAACAUCGCAACCUCUCAAUAUCACUUCGUGACAACGUUCUCAUGAAGUUCUUCACCAUCUCAAUCGACUCGCUCAAGUACACUCUCAACACGCCUGACAAGAAUGAUAAGAGUAAGGAAUAUGCAAUGGACUUAUCUUUGUCAUGCCUUUCCUUUGACUUUAUCAAGACGACAUCGAUCGAUACUUCCGAGGAGAUACUGACCAUCCAAAUACCAAGCAACUGGAAGUCCAUCUUUGAUGAUCCCAACACAACACAGCUAUUCUUCAGGAUCUACAAGACCCAUUACUCACCCAAGAGCUUGGAAUGUCUGGUACACUUUGCCUCAAUAAGGAAGUCAUUGUUCCAAUCAGAGGACGAGCGUACCAAGUUCAUCACGAAUAUAUUCAAGGGUACAAGGGAGAUUCUUCAGAAUAGUAUUGGUCUGAACUUUGAGAACAACCAUCUGGCAUUCUGUCGUAUACUCGAGCGCAUCAAGACCAACUAUCUACUCAGUCAGUUGGUGGCCAUCGAAGGCUACCAAGAGUGGAUUGGACUACUCUCUGCAUUCACAAUCGAAACACUCAAGAAUCCACAAUUCUCUCCCAACAGUAUACAUUAUCUACUUUCACUAUGGUCCAAGUUCGUCUCGUCCAUCAUAUAUAUCAAGGGCGAUACAUCAAAGGCUAACUUGGAGAAGUAUACACCAUUGAUCAUGGAAGCAUUCCUAAAUUCAAAGGUCAAUGGAUCAUCAUUCUUGGACGAUGAGGAUGAUAACUUGAUGGACUUUGACAAGAUGGUUGAGAUGAAAGAGCACAUUCCAUAUCUUGGACGAUUGACCUAUGCUCUCACUGCCAAACAGAUCAUCCAAAUGUUUGAUCAUACCACUCAGAAGAUGUCAAUGGAGACAAGUGUAAACAAUCUGACCAUACUAGAAAGACAAUGUGCAUGGUUGGUAUACAUCAUUGGUUGUUUGAUCACUGGUCGAACUGCAGUCAACAGUUCGGAGGAGUACGACUCGCUGGAUGGCGACCUCUCAGUCAGAGUGUUCAAGUUGAUAGACUACUGCGACAAGAAGUUGCAGCAUGACCCCUCAUCAUCUCAUGGACGUACAAGUCGAGUUGCAUUGGAGUUAUCGAUCAUUCACUUCAUGCAAAGCUUCAGAAAGAUAUACAUUGGAGAGAAUACACUCUCGUCCUCAAAGGUGUAUCCAAGGAUCAGCGAGUUAUUAGGAGCGACCGAUCACACCACCAUCCUUUACUCAAUUAUCAGGAAAAUUGGAUUCAAUUGUAAGUUCUGGUGCGAUGCUGAUGAUGUGAUCAAGAGGAGUCUGGAGUUGUUCUGGGACUCAGUCAAUGGACAUUCGACAUCAAAGAUAUUACUCAACACUCCAAUCACUCACGACUUACUUCAAAACCAUGGUGCCGAGGUAUUCCCCUUCCUGGACAACAACCCAAACUCAAGACACAGGAUGACAUUGUACCAAGCGAUUGGCAAACUGCUGUUCACUGACGAGAACACUCACUACUUUGAACAAUUCAUGUUGCCAUUCGAGGACACAUUGAGCCGCCUGCACGCCAUUCAAUCAAUCGAUGUGUUCCGCUCAGAGGACACAAAGAGCAGGAUCAUUGGACUGAUGCGCGACCUGCGCGGACUCACCUCAUCGGCCAUGAACAAGAAGUUCUACUGCCAGGUGUUUGAGAUGCUCAACACCAAGUUCCCAGUUCUCCAAAAGAUCAUCACGGCCUACUACGACUGCCCCGAGGUGACGACCGCCGUGCUCCGUCUGCUCGCCGAGUACACCAACAACAAGCAGGCGCGCAUGAACUUUGACUCAUCGUCGCCCAACGGCUUCAUCAUCUUCAAGGAGACCAGCAAGAUCCUGGCGUCGUACGGUUCGCUGCUCAUCAACCUGCCAUGCACAUCGCAACAGCUGUACAAGUACAAGCUCAAGGGCAUCAGUCUGCUGAUGUCCAUCUUCACCAAGUGUCUAACCGGCAACUACUGCAACUUUGGCGCGUUUGAAUACUUUGGCGACAAGUCCUUCCACAACCUGCUCGACAUGACCAUGCAGUUGCUCGUGUCGGUCACGAUGGAUGAGAUCAUGAACUUCCCCAAGGUCUCCAAGAUAUACAUGCAGUGGAUGGAGGCACUGUGCAGCAGCCACACACAGACCAUAAUCGAGCUCAACUCCAACUACUUUGCGCUGAUCAUGUAUUCAAUCCUGCGUGGCAUUGACAGCCAGGAGAUAUCGAUCUCGACACAGGUCUGCGUGUCACUGGACAAGAUCAUCACGUUGUGCUAUCAACAUACCAAGAAGAAGGACUCAUUGCUACUCAAGACUGUUCACAACCAUCUCACUGAGAACCCAACAUUACUUCCACAGAUCGUUGACAAGUUGUUCAACGUAAUAAUAUUCGAAGACAACCUCAACCAGUGGUCAGUCUCCAAGCCAUUGUUGGGUUGUGUUGUAUUUGUACCUGAUACAUUCUCAUCAGUCAAACAGAGAUUCGCUCAACUCAAUCCAAACUCUCAGGACAAGAUAGAGACAAUAUUCACACAGUUGAUGGCGGACAUUGUUGAGAACUUGGAUACAAAGAACCGAGAUAGGUUCACACAGAACGUUGCCGCCUUCAGACGAGAGAUGCGUCUGCUUGGUGGUGCCUCUGGAGCAAGGUACUAA